AUGGCGGACAAGCCGAGCAGGGCGCUGGUGAUAUACGGGGACGGGUUUGCGCCGCUGCUGAAUCAGUCGCACGCCGGUCUCCAUUCCCUGGCAUCCAUGGGGGCCUGCGGCUUCCUCGCCCUCCGGGCUUCCGCACCCGCUCCGCCUUCGGCCUCAGGUCUUCUCUUUCCUCCUCUCUGUGAUCCCUCUGACUCGGUACUCCAUAGCUUCAACCCCGACGUUCAUCGGCCGGAAAGAUCUCCAAUCUUCUUCUUCUUCUUGUUCUUCCUCCUCCAUGGGAUAAUCCACCUUCUCCGCAAGUGAUUUUACGCAUAUGUUCAGCAUGAUCGAUUCUAAAUUCCUGCAGCAUAAUCCACUCCUCCUUGUUUCUUUUGUUUGAUCUCGUCGACGAUCUUUGAUAAUCUCCGCUUAUUUCCCGAUUUCGCUCGCAUUUCUCCGGUGGAUGAACACCUCCAAACUGUUGGAACCACUCUGAAACCCUGCUCUUACAGUUAGUUCAUGGCCGCAUAUGAAUUUACCUCGCAUGAUGAGGUUUGGUUUGAUUUGUCUUCGGUUCGUCAUAAAGUGUUUGACUUUUUCAUUGCAUUCGCCACCCCUGACUUGUGCCUCAUGGGUUCGAUCCUCAGGAGGUCAACCCAGCCGGGAGAUCAGAGAGUUGUCUCAGCUUCUUGAUGCCUAUGACUCGCUUGAUGCCCUGGUAAGGCCAUUAGCCAUGUUUCUCAGGUUCCUUACACCACCUGAAGAAACCUUACCCUAGAAACUCACGCUGGGUCUCAAAAUCCAGAACGAAGAGCUUGGCGAGGUAGAUGCCAGUCUGCAGAUCCAGAAUAGGUGGCACAGCAGCAGAAUUCAUAGUCGAAACUGAUUUUUUUUAAUUUCAUCGUAUUAUUUAAUCUUUUGAUGAUGAUGCUGGAUUCUUCUCCAGGUUUAUGGGGCUGAGAGCUGCCCUCUUCACUGCUGGCUCCAGCGUGGGAUCAUUUGCAAGAAAGCUCGGCUUCAGGCUCCUUGAAAUCGACGAGCUGGUCAAGAAGGAGGCCCUCCCGGUGGAGUCGUCCAUGGCCUCUGAGCUCCUCUCCCUUCUCGGGCUUUCUGGGGGGAAGGUCUCAGAGAAGAGUGACGUUGACCUGGUGGUUCUUCACAUCAGGGCUGGCCAGGAGCUGAGAGCCCUGAAGGACAAGGUGGCCAUCAAUGCUGGGGUUGACUGGCUCGACGGGCUGGUCAGCACCUUGCUGAGGGCAGCUCAGCCCGGAUCAGAAGUCGCCGCUCGCCUCCACUUCUCUGUGGUGUUGACCUUUGGGGACGUUGCAGAGGAUGAGGGGAAGAACCCUUCUGCCCUAAUUUCUCCCACGAGGAACGACUCUGAUCUUUCUCUGCUUCGCCCCUGCCAGAGUUACUGCAUGAAAGGUGGCAAGCGCCUGGACAACAUAAGGUAUGGUGACACGACGACCAUAUCCCGUCAUUUGCAGGUGUAGGAGGAGCUGGAAUUUGUUGUCUGAAUCACCAGCUUCGUGUUCAUCAUCAGGCACCACCAUCCCAUGCUCGUAGCUCAAUGGCAGGAGGGGGUCACCCGCAGGGACUCAGCCGAGGAGUUCUCCUUUGAGGAAUUCCAGGAGGCAAGCCUAAUCUUCUCCCUUCUUCCAUGCUCUGAUACAGUUUCUGUGAUAUUUAUCUGCGAUGCAACCUGAUUGUAGUCAGUAAUCCCUUGAAUCUGAUGCUGAUCUUGGUGCUGAAUCUUGGUGUUCUCCGUGAAAUAUGCUAAUUUGCCAAGUUAUUGUGCAUUGAGAGGAAAGAUGGAACCGAAGUGAGAGUGAGAGGACGGUGGCAGCAUGACCAUGGCUCCUUGAGAAAGUCAACGCUUCUGAAAUAGUUGAAACUUCAGAAAAGAGUCAGAAAUAGUGGUCAGAGGUCCUGUGUCAUUGGCUGAAUUUAGUUGGCAUUAAGCUUUCUCUUCAGGAGUUGAUUCUCGUGCGUGCUUUAUGCAUUGACUUUGGCAAAUAAUUCCCCUCUCCUCUCCUCUCUUCUGAAAGGAUGCUAGGUUCGUAGAAGAAGAAUUUUCUUCCGUUUGCUGUCAUCUUUUCAAAAAAUCCAAGGGCUUUUAACAAGUUGGAGGACUGAUGAAGGCUGUAAAUGAAAAUUUAGCCGAACAAGAACCCUGGCUAUGGUCUCACCCUUCAUUAGAACUGUUGACCUUCAUCCCUCCUCGGAUGAGAGGAGGGAGAGAGAGGGAGAGAGAGAAAGUGGGUGUAUGCACGUGUGGAAUUAUUAUUAUUAUUAUUAUUAUUUGAUAAAUCGUUCUCAUACAUACCUCUGAUAUGGUACUUUUUUUAUAUUUUCCAGCGUGGAGGAAAUCUUGCUAUACUCGCCGAUCGAUUUCUGCAUGAGCUGGCAUUCAAGCUCUGGAAGGCGCCUAAGUAUGGAGCAUGA